GCUUAAGCUGUUUAAUAACAAAAACAGCUGAGAUAUGUUUUGUUAUUUUAAACUUCUGUGACUCACUUUGUGGUUUGAGCAUCAAAGCAUAAUUUUAAAUUUAAACCUAGUGAAAUUGCAUUUAAAUAUUAAAAAAAAAAUGGGUAUCCACUGUGAAUUAGGAUUUACGAAAUUUGCUCAUGGAGAGACUUGUUAUGCCUGUUCAGUAGAAAAUGCUCACACACCUGAAAAUAGAAUGAUUUCUUUUUCUGGGAAAUUUAAGGAUGACAAAUCAGAAAAAGAUGUUGUUCAUGUUAGUUUUUCAAAUUGUACAGUAAUAAAAGUUCCACAAGAACUAACAACAAUCUUCCCAAAUUUGAGACAAUUACUCAUUUGUAACUCAAAGUUGAGAAAAAUCAGCAAAAAGGAUUUAGUUGAGUACAAAAAUUUAGAAAUAGUUUCUAUGAUGGAGAAUGAGCUUGAAUACCUGCCUGGUGACCUAUUUGAAGGUUUUAAGAAUUUAAAUUAUAUCAAUUUCAAGAAGAACAAGCUAAUGUUCAUCGAACCACAUAUUUUGGACGGACUUGGGACAAUGAGAUAUGUGAAUUUUUCAGUAAAUCCAAAUUAUAAGAAAUGUUUUUCGAUUUAUCCAGUUCAUGAGCCAAACGCAACACUUGAUGAAGUUAAAACUGAACUUAAUGAAAAGUUCUACUCGAGAUUUAAAUUUUUGAAAGAACAAAGAAUUUCUGAAGUUCAGUUAAAGAGUAAAAUUGAAGAAUUGAAAAAGUCAGAAACACUUGCUUCAGAUAAAGUCGGUCAGAUUAAAAUCGACUCCAAACAUCCAGUUGAAAAUCAAGAAAAUCUAUGUGAAGAAUUCAAAAAAUAUAUUCAAGAUGAAAACCUCAAAGAUUUCAAAAUCACAAUAGAAGAUCAAGAAUUUCUGGUCCACAGAUUCCUGCUGAUUUUGCGAAGUCCAACUUUAGCUCAAAUUCUUCAAAACAAUCCAGAAGUUGAAACUUUAAAUUUGGUUGACAUUCCAGUUGAAAUUUUUGAGAAAGUUUUAAAAUUUCUGUACACUGAUGACUUUCCAAACAAGGCUGAUACAAAUUUCAUGCACCUUUUUGCUGCUGCUGGGAAGUUAAAAAUUCAAAAACUCAAAAAUUUUGCAGCUGAUUAUUUGAGUAUUCAAAUUGAUUCUGAAAAUGCGUUAGAAAUUCUAAACUUAAGUCACAAGUACGACUGUGGAGGAUUGAAAAGUAAAGCAUUUAUAGAAAUGACAAAAAAGUAUCCAAAAAUUGAUUUUAAAGACGAAUGGAUUGAAAAACCAGAAAAAUUACAAAAUAUUAUUGAAUUGCUGAGAAAACAAGAAGAAGCUAAAAGAGAAUUUGAAAAUCAGUUUAAGAGAAUGUUGGAAAUGGAUUAAAACUUGGAACAAUUAUCAAAAAUAACAUUUUAUAUUUUUGGUUGAUUUAAAAUUAAUUUUAUUCUACGAUAUUUUUCAAGGUUUGCAUUAAAUGCAGUAUUGAAUUCAUAUUAAACUUCACAACAAAGAUUGUGAACAUUAUCAGUUUUAAAAAUUUGCUAUGUUUUCGACAAUGUUCGCAACGGUCCAUCAAAAUUUAAAUUAAUUUAAUUUGUUAUCAAAAUGUGAAUUAGUCAUUCAACUUUUAAUAAUUGCAAAUAUUUUAAAAUCUUAACGAUGAUAAGUUGUCUGUAUGGAAGCAUUACAUAUUUACACGGAGAAAAAUAUUAUUGUUGUGUUAUUGAAAAAAUACAACUUUCUGACAAUAGAAGAUUGGAAAUUGCUGGACAACAUGACCAAGGAAAGACCAAUAAUGAUGUUGACCAAAUUUUAUUUGAAAAUGGUAUCAUUUUCAAAAUUCCUCGAGAACUUACAAUAAUUUUCCCUAAUUUAAAAAACUUGGCGAUUUGCAAAUCAAAAUUGAUGAAAAUCAGCAAAAGUGAUUUAUUUGAAUAUCAGAGUUUAGAAGUAAUCUCAAUGAGGGAUAAUGAACUUGAAUAUUUGCCAGGAGAUCUGUUUGACAACUUUAAAUUUUUAAAUUACAUAAACUUUGAGAGAAACAAAUUGACUCUCAUUGAACCAAAUAUUUUGAAUAAUCUGAAAGCAAUUAAAUAUGUAAGUUUUUCUGAAAAUCCAAGAUAUCAAAAAUGGCACUCAAUUUACCCUGUCCACAAGCCGAACGCUACACUUGAGGAAGUAAAGAACGAGUUAUACGAAAAGUUUUACUUGAAAUUUGAUUUUUUGCAAGAGUUAAAAAACUCAUCCCAAAAUUUGAAGCUGGAGAACAAUGAAUUAAAAAAACAUAUUGAACGCAAGACAACGUUCAAUUUUACUAGCAAUGUAACUGACGACUUCAAAAAAUACAUUCAAGAUGAAAAUUCUAAAGAUUUUAAAAUUGUAAUCGACGAUAGAGAACUUCUUGUUCACAAAUUAUUGUUAAUUAUUCGAAGCCCAACUUUAGCUGAAGUCUUACGAAAUAAUCCAGAAGUUGAAACCUUAAACUUAGUUGACAUCCCGAUUCACAUUUUUGAAAAAAUUUUGAAUUUUCUUUACACUGACGAACUUCCAGGGUUUUAUGGUACAAACUUUUUACAACUUUUUGCUGCUGCUGGCCGAUUAAAAAUCAAAAGGUUAACAAAUUUCGCAGCUGAAAAGCUACUUAAUCAAGUAAAUUCAGAAAAUGCAUUAGAAAUCCUUAAAUUGAGCAACAAAUUCAAAUAUAAAGAAUUGAGACAAAAAGCAAUUGAAGAAUUCAAAAGAAAGUAUCCAAAUGUGAGAGAUGAGUGGCUUGAAAAUCAAGAAAAGCUAAAUAAUAUUGUUGAAAUGUUUAAAGACAAGGAAGAUGCAAUCAGGAAAUUUGAACAAAAAUUCAAAGAAAUGUUAGAAAUGUAGCCUUGCUAGAAGUUCACUAACAACGAUAAGGCAAUUUCUUAUAUUGAACAUUGUUUCUUAAUGCUUUUCAACAGGGCCGUAGCCAGUGGUUGGGGGCCUUAGGUGCUCGGGCACCCCCCUUGAGGUUGAAAUUUCAUACAAAUUUUUUGAAAUUUUUUAAAAAAAAUUUUUAACUUUAAAUCGCAGUUAUUUAUCAAAAGCUAAUUGUAUUAAAGCAAAAACAAUAAAAUUAGCUUCAAUCAGGAUUUUAUUCAAGAUUUUUCAAAAUUGAAAGGUCCUUCAUAAAAUGUCAGGGGAGUUUAUGAUCCUGAAGAGCUAAGUAUUAUUCAAAAGAUCGAAUCAAAUCAGUGUCAACAAUUGAGUCAA